AUGGUAGAUCUAAAGUCGAAAUCUGAAUUCAAUGUACAAUGUGAAAAUAAUACCUCAAUAAAACAAAAACAACUAAAUAGGCCUAGAUUAGGUUUUCUUCAUUCUGCCUGGACAACCUCUGACUUACUUCAUCAAGAUUCAAGUUUUAGUUGUAUUUCACCAUCUUCAUCGGAUCAUAGUGAAAAUGAUAUCACAAAUUCAUAUAAAAUUCAAUUGUCUCAACUUCAUUUAUCGGCGGAGCAAGAUGAAAUACUGAUAGAAAUUCGUCGUAUGAUUUAUAUCGCUGAUUUUCUUUGCUUAUUCGAGUCACUUAUUGAAUUUAUUAUUAUCAUUUAUUCUUUACCUUGGCUUGUUGAUGAUUGGAUGGAUUGGUUGCCUUAUAUUAUCUUACCUGGUUACACUUUCUGGUGGUUAUUCAUGAUUGUUAUUUUAAAUAAUAAAUCAACACCACUUCAUUUAUAUUUAAACUGGGCUACAGCAAGUGCCCUUAUCAUGGCUACUACUAAUCUUUAUCUUGCAACUUCUUUACCUCUUCCUACACCUGUACGAUUCUCUUCUUUAAUUCAACCAGGACGUAUCUUACUUAUCGCUUUAUCUAUCUUGACUACUCUUUUGUUUAGAUUUGCUAAUCGUCUUCUUAUCGCUAAUCAAACUAAAACGGUUAGACUCAAUCAUACUUUAGUCAAUGAACAAGCUAGACUUCAAUACUUUGUAGAUCAGUGUACUGAAGCAUUUCAUGAACACCAACUUGCCUUUUUGACAACUGUGUCACAGGAAAUACAAGAUGUAGCAUUAAUGGUCAUCACAACCCUUGAACAAUUUUCUCCUACUUCUAUUUUAUCUUCAGGUACUAAUACAACACAUGAAUUACUAAAUGCUUGCUCUUUAGCAGUUCCUAUUGCUAGUAUUUCAGCAAUUGGUGUCAUGAUUCGACAAGUAUGUCAUAUUAGUUCUCAUUUGCAUCUACUAUCCGCUUUAACAGCUCAAGCAUGGUCAAAGAGUCGACAAAACAAUAAUAUACAACCAUCAUUACCUGAAUUAAAACUGAAUGAAUUUGAUAUUGGUGAAUUACUUCAAAAUGUUGGUGAUGCUUUAGCUGGUGUAGCAUCCAAGUUGAAUGUCAAGUUUGUUAUUUACCACUAUGAUAAUAGUUUACAUCAUACGUCAGUUAUAGGUGAUGAAGGAGCCAUUCGACAUGCUUUGUUAAAUCAUUUACGUAAUGUGCUUGAAUGCUGCGCACCAAGUACUUGCAUUGAAGUCGGCUUGAAUGUAACACCAAAUAGAACAAAGAGAGAAAAGAAGUGUAAAAUUACAUUCUAUAUUACUCACACAAGCUCUGCUUCAAAUACGGAUGAUCCUUCGCUUUUGCCCAAUGCUAAUUUGACAGCAGAAUUGAUAUCCUAUAUUCAUGCUACUUCAUCUAUACAACAAAUCAAUGAAGAGAAAACUGAAUUUGAAUUUUCAGUUGAAUUGGAUUAUGGCGCCCAGAAUGAAGAUAAUAGGACAAUAUUUGAAUUAGAUGACAAUAAUAAGAGUACGACUUUAUUAAAACAAUAUUAUUCAAAUAUUCAAUUUUCUAAUGAACCCAGUCUAAAAGAGCUAGGAGAGUUUAUAAAAUGCUUAAAAGGAUUAAAGAUGGUCUUACAUGCGACAGAAAAAUCUAUCUUUGCCAAGCAUUUAACAAGCUGUUUAGCUAGUUGGAAUACGGAUAUUAGUCAUGUACCUAUUACAGACCAAAAACAGUCAUUAAAGAAAGAGCCUAAAAGUCAUGCAGAAUCAUCUAAUCCACUACUACGAACAGCAGGUCCUAUUCCUCCAACUGUUCCAACUCCAUUGAUUGAAGAAGAACAAAUACAUGCUAUCCCGCCUGCUUUUAUUCUUAUUGACGAUCAUCUCCCCACACUUGAACGUAAACUUUCUGAAUUUCGUUCUCAACCCCCUGCUUCAGCCUAUGUCCUUCAACAAGCUGUUCAUCAUGGUCGUCGUCAUAAGAAAUCUUCACCCCAUAAUUUUUUUCAUCAUGGUUCCUCUGCCAUUAUUUAUUUUAGUUCAUUAUCCCAUUAUAAAGCUGUUCGAGAUCUGAUUCAAUGUUUUGUCUUAUCAUCUUCAUCUCCACAUCCUUUUAGUAUGCCACGUGUUGUCGUUGUGCCUAAACCAGCGGGUCCUCGACGAUUCUUGACUGCACUUCAUACAGUUUGGCAUCAUGCAGUCGUUCAGCCUCAUUUUUGUGCCAUUGCGACCUCACCAUUAAGUCCCAUUCCACCUAUUCUAAAUCAAAUCAUUCAAAAUAGUCCCCGUGGAUCACCACCAGCACCAGCACCAGAGCAACACUUUAUACGCAGAGAACAGGGAAAUAGUCAUUAUUUUGGUGUUCGAAGACGAUCAUCACAACAACAUGAUCAGGACUAUUUUGUAAUCACAAAUUCGGGAAAUAAUUCUUCGUUAAUGAAUGCUUUGUCUAGUAACACAGCAGUUAUGACGGAAGAAACGGUAACCAAUAUAGAGAAGACGAUAGCUGAAAAGGUAGUCGAAACUGGACUACAAACGACUGAAGCAGUUGAUAAUAAACCUUCAAUCACCAACACUAUGGAUGAGAUACCAGUAGCACCGAAAAAGAAAACUAUAUCAAAAAUGAUGACCAAUUUUAAACUAAAUAAAAAGAAAAAGAAGGUAAAGGGAACACCUUUUACAGAUGUCAUCAGUCCGCCUAUCAAUGUUUUGAUUGUAGAAGAUAACAUUAUUAACCAAGCCAUUUUAUCUACUUGGAUGAAGAAGCAUCAAAUCAAGUUUUCUGUUGCAAGUAAUGGAAAAGAAGCAAUGGAUAUUCAACUUCCAGUCAUGGAUGGUAUUGAAGCAACCAAAAUGAUUCGUUCUAUUGAAAAAGAACAAAAAAUUGGUGUCUUACCUACCUCCUUUCGUCAACAACGAGGUUCAGAAGAAAGUUUAGAAAGCUCUCAUGAAGAAGAAGAAGAUUAUAAAAUAUCCGUAUUUCGAUCACCUGUCAUUAUUGUUGCUUUAACAGCAUCCUCACUAGAAUCCGAUCGACAUGCUGCUUUAGCGGCAGGAUGUAAUGAUUUCUUAACAAAGCCUGUAAGUCUUGAAUGGCUGGAGAAAAAGAUUAUUGAAUGGGGAUGUAUGCAAGCAUUAAUUGAUUUUGAAGGAUGGCGACGAUGGAAAAAGUCAAUUCAUAAUAACAGUGAUAAUAAGAUAGCAAAACCUCAACAGCAUGUGACAGCAACGAAAAAACCAACAGAAGAACCUAAGAAUGAACAAAGAUCUACAACUCAACAAGGACUCUUAUUACCUGGUAUAGGGCAUUUAGUAAAAGCAAGACGGUCUGAUGGGAAUAAAAAGAUGAGUCGAUCUGUAAUUGCCUUAAAGACUUCUAAAAGUGAUUCUGAUACCCCACAAUGUAAUAAUAAUGCAAAGUUAAGCAGUGAUCAUCAUCAUAGUAGACUAGCAUCAACUAGUGAUACAACAACAGCUAUAAGUAAGAAAUAA